AUGGCGCCCCUCAUCAAUCACCUCUACACGGCCGACCCAUCGGCCCACGUCUUCAAUGGCAAAGUCUACAUAUACCCAUCCCAUGACCGCGAGACCGACAUCAAAUUCAACGACAAUGGCGACCAAUAUGACAUGGCCGACUACCAUGUCUUCAGCACAUCAUCGCUCGACCCUCUCGAGCCCGUCGUCGACCACGGCGUUGUCCUGAAGACUGAGGAUGUACCCUGGGUCUCGAAGCAGCUCUGGGCUCCCGACGCCGCUUACAAGAACGGGAAGUACUACCUUUACUUCCCUGCCCGCGACAAGGAGGACAUUUUCCGCAUCGGCGUUGCCGUCUCCGACAAGCCCGAGGGUCCCUUCACCCCGGACCCGGAACCCAUCAAGGGCAGCUACAGCAUCGACCCGGCCAGCUUCGUCGACGAUGACGGGCAGGGCUACCUCUACUUCGGAGGUCUAUGGGGCGGACAGCUACAGUGCUACCAGGAGGGCAACGACGUGUUUGAGAAGCAGUGGUUGGGCCCCCAGGAACCCAGCGGCGAGGGCGUCUACGCACUCGGCCCUCGUGUAGCCAAGCUGACGGGCGACAUGCACCAAUUCGACGGCGAGAUCGAGGAGGUACAGAUUCUCGACCCAGAAACCAACAAGCCUAUCCUGGCCGACGACCACGACCGCCGUUUCUUCGAGGCCGCCUGGCUGCACAAGAGGGACGGCCUGUACUACUUCUCUUACUCGACCGGCGACACCCACUACCUUUGCUACGCCACCAGCGAGAGCCCGCUGGGCCCGUUUACAUAUGGGGGACGAAUCCUCGAGCCGGUCCUGGGUUGGACGACGCACCAUUCCAUUGUCGAGUUUAAGGGCCAGUGGUGGCUGUUUCACCACGAUUGCGAGCUGAGCAAAGGCGUGGAUCACCUUCGGUCCGUCAAGGUGAAGGAAAUCUUUUAUGAUAACGUCGGUAAGAUUGUGACGGAAAAGCCACUGUAG